UCGGCACCGCGCAUCGUGCACAUUCCAGCAUGAUGGGUGACGGUUUCGAUGUUCGCGCCGCCGGUUUCCUGCUGAAGAAGGAACUUCAAUACUUCGCCAAAGCCUUGGACAAUCCUGAAGCUCCGUUUUUGGCCAUUCUUGGUGGUGCUAAAGUCGCAGACAAGAUCCAACUGAUCGAAAACCUUCUCGAUAAGGUCAACGAGAUGAUCAUCGGCGGAGGAAUGAGCUACACCUUCUUGAAGGAAUCCAGAGGAAUGAAGAUUGGUGAUUCUUUGUACGACGCCGAAGGUGCUAAGAUCGUGCAGAAGCUUCUGGACAAGGCGAAGGCCAACAACGUGAAGAUCCAUUUACCUGUGGACUUUAAAACGGCCGAUAAAUUCGAUGAAAACGCGACGGUUGGUGAGGCCGAAGUUGAAACUGGAAUUGCCGAUGGAACAAUGGGAUUGGAUAUUGGACCGAAGAGCAUUGAACUGUUCAAAGAACCCAUCGCCAGGGCCAAAGUCAUCGUUUGGAAUGGACCCGCCGGUGUCUUCGAAUUUGAGAACUUCUCGAAAGGCACCAGAGGUUUAAUGGACGGAGUUGUGGACGCGACCAAGAGAGGGUGCGUCACCAUCAUCGGAGGUGGAGACACAGCCACCUGCGCAGCGAAAUGGGGCACAGAAGACAAAGUCUCCCAUGUCUCUACAGGAGGUGGCGCCAGUUUGGAGUUGUUGGAAGGUAAAGUUCUUCCUGGCGUAGCAGCUUUAUCAGACGCAUAAUAUAUUAUACUGUGUCCAUAUGAUAUUUAAAACUACCGAUUUCCAUAAAAAUCGAUAAUCCUUAGUGUCUCUUUAUUGUCUUUUUUUUUUAAACUUAAUAAAUUGUAAUAAUUUAAAUAUA